CAAGAGGAAAAAUCUUUACCGUGUCUCUUAAAUCUUUGUCUCAGUCGUCGCGGUACACAUACAUCGCCAUGAAUGUCAUCUGAUUCAUGGUUGCUUACCAAUUUCUCCUAUGUUUCUUUUUCCAAAAUACCAGAGUACUAAUUCGAAGACUGUCUUGAUUGUGUCUUGAGAACUUGAGCUACGACGUAACGAAUAGACGAGCACACUGGCUGGGGUCACUUGGUGUUCACUUCACGACUAAGGACUGGCCAUUCAUUCAUUCACUUGUUCAGCGUUCCUUCCUCAAAAGACCAUCACGUCUCCAUUCCUAAAGAUACCCCAGUUCUCACCAUCAUUGUCCAACACAUGAACCUGUUGGUUUUAGCCAACCACCCAAAAGAGCCAUGUGUGAGGGUACAAUCACCACUCUAAGAUGCGACCACAAGCUCGUUCACAUCUCCCGCCGAUGUGAGCAGGGCUGCACCGAACCCUUUGAGGCUCCCCCAGGCUCGGAACUUCACCUCUCGCUGGACGAUACGUGUUCACGGUGCCACAUCUGGCACAGCACAGAAACCAUCAACGCCCACUACGACCGCCAGCGGGACGAGCUCACCAAGCAAUAUCGCCUCGCCGAGCCAACCUCCAACGAGGCGCGGGCUCUAGUGCGUCUCAUCGGCCGCCUGCACACGCAACAGGUCGAGGCCCUAUCUCGCGCAUCUCGCAGCGGUCUGCGCCAUGGCGCCCUGGACGUCAAGUGGCCUGGGAAGAUCGAGGAAGAACCAUUUGUGCCUCGCAAAAAGUCAAUUGUCUAUGGACGGAAUAUGUUUGUCACCGUAAAAUGGACUUCGGACGGUGAAGCCAACUAGGAUCGGCCGUUUGCAGAGACCAACAUAACCUAAACACGACUGCAGCUGCAGAUGCGAGUGCCCCAUGGGCGGUACCAAACGCAGAAGUAGCUGUUGUCACAGCUCGACCUGUUGACGCUGAAGAAGCUUCAAUCUUGGCCCAGCUUGAGAAUAUGCCAUGGCUUGAUUUCAAAGCUGCCAUGCCUUCUCGCAAACUGUCAAAUUGCCGCAUCGCAGGUGGUUCAUCGGCACUUGACAGAUUCUGAAUUGAGUUCAGGCUCUAGCAGGACAGUUUGACGCAAGGCCAACUAUCGGCCCACUAAUAUGGAUUUCCAGUCAGGAUCCUGUCUCCGGAAGGCAUCAUCCGGCACCACAGUAAGGGCAUUGGAUUCGAUUCAGACGAUGGAAAUAAUGAAAUGAUUCUACAAGAAUACGUAGAGAGCGCCGCGAGGCAUUAUACCACAUGAAAUACCAUACAAACUCUUUUUGUACCAUACAUGCCCAAGAUACCAUACAUGACCAAGACAAUACCAUUUCCCACAUUUUCCCUUCCCG